AUGUCUGACCAGCCCUCGCAACCACCAAAGCCAAAACCCGGCUCUUUGCGUGAUAGGAUCGCCGCCUUCGAGAAGACCGCGAAUGCGGCACCAGCACCAGCAGCAGCACCGGCACCCCGACCAAAGCCAGCGGGAUUUGCAUCAUGGAAACCUAAGGCCCCCUCCCCCCCUUCUUCGCCAUCUGCAUCGGCGACAUCGAGCACGGAACACACAUCUGUAGGCGCUUCGAAAGUGGGAACCAUGUCUGCGUCUGAUGCUAAGGAGAGCAUCACUAAGGGAGGCAGUCUGAAGGAUCGCAUGGCUGCGUUACAAGGAAAAGGAGCAUUUGGAGCACCCGUGCCACCGACAGCGCCCAAACCUGCUGUUGAGAGACCAAAAUGGAAACCCCCACCGGUAGUGCAGGCCCCUGCUGAUGACGACGAUCAGACGGGUGAACACGCCACUGCUGCUAUCGCUGCAGCAGUCGAAAGAACGCUAUCGCCACCUGUCUCGUUGAAAUCUAGUGAGAGCGCUGAAAUUGUAUCGACACCUGAAGUUGGAGAUGAUUCUGCUGCGCCUAGUGUUCCAGUUGAGGAGGGUGGACAGGAGGGUGAACAGACAGUUGUGGAUCCUGAAGAAGAGGAGAGACAGCGCCGUGCUGCCAUCGCGGCCCGCAUGGCUCGAUUAGGAGGAGCUAGAGUCGGUAUGGCUCCUCCUACUAUUGGGAAAAAGCCCCCAGUACGAAGGCCAACCCAGGAGGAAGCGCCCGUUCCACCAAAGGAGGAAUCAAAGCCUUCUGAAGAGCCAGUGCAAGCCGAUAUCGUUGGAAAUGUAGUUCCCAAGCCUGUGGAAGGUCCUUCUCGUGCCAGCGACGUCGUAGGUUCACCGCCCUCUGAUGCCCCCGUUCAACAAGAGCAAACCAUAUCUCCAGGUAACGUCCCUCCAACGAGAAAGAAUUCAGAGGCAGCAUCAAUUAAGUCGUCUGACACCACAGAUUCUCAGUCCUCCCGCAACCCGACAUCAAUGCCUGUCCCAAGCGUCCCACGACGAGCUGGGCCUCCUCGAAAGAAACCUGCCAAGGCACCGACUCUUCCUCCAUCCGACGUUACUGAAGAAAAACCCGAAGAAACUAUUGAACCACCUGUCGAGCCUGCUGCAGAGAACAAACCUGAAGCUUCUGUCGACGCUGCUGUUUCACAGAAGACCACGGACACCGUUGCUGAACUGGACAAUAAUACAUCCUUGGAUGAAGCUACAGCUAAAUUACCUGAGCAAUCUGCUCUUAUCGAAGAGGCUGUUAAGAUAAUUGAACACCAAGAUCCUAAGAUACUCGAAGAUGAGCCAGAAUCCGAACCUAUCUCUAAUAUUGAAGAAGAGGUGCCAGAGUCUGCGUCGUCGAUUUAUCUCCAAUCUCCUUUAGCUCCUUCCACAUUGGUCGAAGAAACCAAUGGCGUCCGCUCUCCCCCUCCUUCCUCUUUGUCGUCUGCGCAGGAGGUUAUUCCUGAAGCAGACGUAUUAACUUCACCAAUCGUUAUAGACUCUCCCCCCGUCCCUGUAUUGCACUCCGCGCCGCAUGCGCUCCACGUAGACGAACUGGAUAAGACGCCUCACGAAGAUGUCGAGGGGAAUGAGGAUCCUGAGGAAGAAGAAGCACGAAAGAAACGUGUUGCAGAUCGCAUUGCGAAGAUGGGGGGCAUCAACCCUUUCGCUCCUCGCCCCGUUGCUCCAGUCAGUCCACCCGCCGAGGAACCCCGCUCGCCGCCUCUCGCUACGGCUACUUUCGUCCCCUCUGACUCAGCUACCCCUGUUGUCGUUCCUGCCGCUUCUGCUGAACCAGAACAUAAAGCAGAUCCUUCUUUAGAUCAUACACAAACACCCUCUCCGCCGAAGGAAACUGACGUGGGAUCCAAAUAUGAGCAGGAUUCUUCUUCCGAUGAAGACGAAGGUGAUAGUGAAGUUCGCGAUAAACAAUGGUCUCCAUCAGCGUCAGCUACCCAUGAGCAAGUUGAGAAACCGAACACUGUGGCCGAGCCUCAUCCAGGAUUAGACAUCGCAUCCUCACUGCCAGCGCCACCCCCUAUUCCGACCAGCACACGUCCUACAGUCCAGGUUCAGCAGUAUGUAGUUCAAGACAAAGACGAUGGCGAAGGUGAAGAUGAGGAAUCUGAUUACGGAGAUGUUGACUCCGUGGAUGAAAAGCCGGUUGCUGUUGCAUCUCCUCCGAGUCGACCCAGUAACCCUCCACAACCAUCAGAUGCAGUAGCAGCGGUUCCGGCUUCAUCCCAACAUUUGAGCGAGGCGCCGCCCCCGCCCCACCCCAACAGGCCUGCCCAACCACCUCGUCGUAUCAUACCCCAGGCGCCUGAACACUUGAACGAUGAAGAGGUGGAAGAAGAUGAAGAGACAGAUGAGGAAGCCGAUGAGCGCCUAGCCACCUCGCAACUGUUCGUUCCUCCUCCUUCCGGUCGCGGGCCAAUCGCGAUCCAACCACGCGGCGGACUGGUUCAAGGCGAAGAGGAGGAUGGAGACGGGUCGGAGAACGAUAGUCCUGCGUUGCCUGUACCACAUCGCGUUUCGGUGGAGGGUGUACCUGCAAAACCGCCUGUGCCAGCUCACGACGAGGAUUCGGAGACGGAUUCUGAUCAUGAUGGACAGGCGCUACCUAUCCCACCUAGGCGUCCAGUAGUGCCUCGUAUCGCCCCCCCACCGUUUAGUUCUUCGCAGGAGGAAGGUGGGCAGCAGCAGCAGCCUUCUCAAACCAUAUCUCCUCCUGGGCAAAGUACGCCUUCUCUGUCGGUCUCGGGUUCGGAAGAGAUACUUGACGAAGAGGAAGGCGACCCCAUAGACCCGGCAUUCCAUAGCCCAAGCAGGCAAACCUCAUUUGUAAACCUCCGUAGUAUUUCUCAAGCGCAAGAGGAAAUCGACGCCCAAUCUCCUAUUUCACCGUCAAUUGGCCGAUCAUCCCUGGUACAUUCGCCUGUUGUUGCACCUCCAGCUGCACCUCCAUCUGCUGCUCCUCAUGAUGAUGAUAAUGCCGAAGAGGAUGCAGAACAAUUACGCCGCAAGACAAUCGCUGAGCGCAUGGCCAAAUUGGGUGGUAUUCGAUUCGGCGCUGCACCUAUCCCUACCCCCAUCAGUCGACCACCACCUCGACAGUCUGAGGAAGAAGAUCAAAAAGAGGGUGAAAGUUCAGCUGCAGUAAACGAAGAACCUGCAGCGCCACUUUCUGAAGAAGAAGAGGAGCGAGCGCGGAAGGAACGGAUCGCAGCCAAAUUGGCUACGAUGGGUGGAAUGAGGAUUGGGAUGAUGAUGGGUGCUGGUGGAUUGCCUCCUCCGCCCCCGAGAUCGCAUAUGGUGAGAGAGGAGAAUGUUGACAGAGCUUCCGCGCCAGCACCUGCUGUCCCACCCGCUCCACCCACUCGCGCUGUACCUCCCUCACGGCCCCCUCCGCCUCCAGCUGCCCAAGAUACAGACUCUGAGUAUGGAAGCGUAGCUGCUUCUGAAGAAGGUGUCAAGGUUGAGGCUGGUGAAAGUGAGGCCGAGGAAUCUGGAUACGAACAUGUCGAAGAGGCUCCUCCUCCAGUACCGUCACGAGCUGCUCGCCCGUCUAUCAACAGACAAUCUACAGGACCUUCUUCUCCACCUUCCAGGCCAUCCGUACCGACCGCCUUGCCGAUGAGGCGAUCUAGCACAUUGCAGAGCUCCACCUCUAUGAGAAAUGUAUCAGGUGGAGAUGGGGCGUCGAGUCCUCCCCAUAGGACGCCGCAAAUGCCUCACACUGAAUAUGUUAUGGUUGAAGAACCGGAAAGUCAAGAGGCUCCUCCACCGCCUCCAGCCAGGCCUGCCGCUCGCCCUCCUCCAUCACGGUCUGCUCCUCAGGCACCACAACCACCACCUAUGCACCAGCGUCCCGACCUGGGAGAUAGCAUAUCCUCGCAAUGGGAGCUCCCGUCAAUCCCUAAUUCCAGUCUCGAUUUCAGUGGUGCCUCGGAUUUGACAAUGUCGUGGACAGAUGCUGGCGCCGAACCAACCUCUCCUGUAGUGGCGGCACAACCAUCUUCUCCACCCGCCCCUCCACCGCCAACCAAACCACCUGCUCCUCUAGCUAACGAUCGACAAUUGUCCGCCGACGAGCUGAUCGCGUUGUGGGGUCGCGUUGGCGUGCAGGUUUGCGAGGUCGCUACGUCGCUCUUCGAGAAAUCGCGCAAGACGCUCAUCGGGGACGGGUCCUACGCCGGAUUCGUGCGCGAGGUGCUUGCAGCGGUGCCCAACGCCGCACCCGCGCCCACAGCUGCUGGAGAGCCGUACGGUUAUACAAUAUACGUGCAGAACGGGCCGGCGGUGGUGAAACGCGUCAGCGAUAUUAUGCCGGGCGAUUUGGUGGAGAUUCAGGAUGCAAAGCUCAAGGGGCACAAGGGGCUGCAGACGUAUCAUCAGUCCGUGGGUGCGGCGGGUGAGACGUUGGUGGGCGUUGUGGGCGAAUUCGAAGCGAAAAAGUCGAAAAUCAGGGUGUUCCAGGCAAAUCAGCACGUUGGACAGCAGACAGUCGAGUCUGUCAGUUACCGUUUGGAAGACCUCAAGAGCGGACUUGUCAAGGUUUAUCGUGUUCUCGAUGCAUAG